CAUCCCACAAGUACGAUAUAACCGGGAGCUAGUGUUUUGACUUAUAAGUUGACUCAAGCCACAGCAUACGCUUGUCAAACAAAACAAGCAAACAGAUAUCAGUCUGUCUAGGUCCUUGAAAUGGAAGUGUCUCACGAAGUUCGCUUCCUUGUGAACCAAAAAAAGCAAGUUGUGAAAAAUGCAACUCCCGAGCUAACUUUAAGCUCAUAUCUACGAAAAGUUCUACAUUUAACCGGGACCAAGAUUGGUUGUAAUGAAGGUGGGUGUGGUUCUUGCACGGUCACUUGUUCCGAGGUCAAUCCCAGCUCCGGCCAGGUGGAGCACAAAGCCAUCAAUGCCUGCUUGACCAAAGUGAUCGGACUACAAGGGAAGGCAAUAACCACUGUGGAGGGUUUGGGCUCGGCCAAGGAUCCUCAUCCCAUCCAAGAUCGGAUUCACAAGUUCCAUGGAUCCCAAUGUGGAUUUUGCACUCCAGGAAUGGUCAUGUCCAUGCAUGCCAAGUUGAGAGAAGGGGAUGUGACGGACAUUGAGGAUAUUCAAAAAUGUCUCCAAGGAAACCUCUGUCGUUGCACGGGCUAUCGACCCAUCUUGGAAGGAUUCGACACCUUUUGUUCCCACCAAACCAAAGUAGAUUUGAGUUGUGAGGAAUAUGAGGACGUCUUGGACUUGAGCACCAAUGAUUACAAGGCAUAUUCUACAAAAUGUGAUCCUGUAAUCACCGCUGAUGAGUUGCUUGAUCUCAAGCAGGGUCUUCAGUUUGUUGACAACAAGGUAACUUAUUACACCCCUUCCUCUUUGGACGAAUUGAAGCGCCUGCAGAAAACUCUUGGCAAUAUCCGCAUUAUUGCUGGGGGAACUGGCUACUAUCAUGUCAAAUGCCAAUAUCCACCUGCAAUCCCAACCAUCAACAUAAACAAUAUUCCUGAGUUACAUGAAUAUUCUCUUGCAAAUAACACCCUUGAGAUUGGUUCUGCCACAACAUUAAGCCAAUUUGAAGCUAUUCUAAAAAAAGAACCGACCUCUCCGAUUUCUGCGGUUUUUCUUAUCUCGCUGAGAAAGUUGGCUAGUCCCCAGAUCAGAAAUGUAGCCACUUUAGGUGGGUCAAUUCUUUGGGGUCAUCCGUCGUCUGAUCUCAUGCCUAUUUACAUGGGGUUGGGAUGCAGCAUUUUGGUUCAAACCAUGGAUGAGAGUCAAACUGUGUUGCUAAAGCCCGGAUUCUCCAAGUGCUCCAUUCCUGAAAAUGGCAUCAUCACAAAGAUCAUGAUUCCACUCCUGGACGACACUCAUGUGAUUCGUUACUAUCGACAAUCCAAAAGACAAGAGUUUGAUUUGGCUUUUGCCACAGCUUGCUUCACAGCAUCAAAGGAUGGAACAACUUUGACAGAUGUGAAGAUUGUUGUUGGUGGAUCAGAAAAUUUGGUCCCCAUUGCUAAAUACCCUGAAAUUGUGGAGGCUAAAACUUUGGCAAAUGUUAUAAAGCUAAAAGGAAGCUUGGCCACCAAUGAUGAAUGUCUUGAAGCAAUUCAAGCUGAUGUUCCAGUGAGUCCUAAUGCUCCAGGUUCACAACACAUUCUCCGAAUUAGCUGUAUUUUAGAAUUCACAAGGUUGUUUCUUGAACAACUCGGCGGAGUUGCUCGGAACCAGGAUAUUGCUCAGGAACGCCAAAGAAGCAAGUUGGUAUACAACAAACCAUGCCAAGAUGAAGUGGCCAUCACUAAACCCAUUGCUCACAUGUGGGGAGCUGAGCAAAGUUGUGGCUCUGCUGUCUACAUUGAUGAUAUCACACCACUUCAAGAUGAAAUGCAAGUAGUACUUGUUCAAAGCACAAGAGCUCAUGCCCUGAUCAAGAAAAUAGAUUUUGAGGCCUCCUUGAGAGUUCCUGGAGUGAUGGGUGUUAUAUCUGGAGCGGAUGUGGAACAGAAAAGAAAGCUUUGGGGUUUGAUUGUUCCUGACGAGCCCAUCUUUGCAGAAGAAGAAGUAAACUAUUAUGGUCAAAUAAUUGCUGGAAUAGUUUGCAAAACUAUUGAAGCAGGGGAGCUAGCUGCUGAUAAAUUCAUCAUUGAAUAUGAAGACCUUGAAGCCAUUUUAUCCAUCCCCAAGGCUGUCGAAUUGAACAGUAAGCUGUUACAAGAUCAAACCUUGAAGAGAAAACAGAAGAUAUCCACCUCCCAAACCAAGACUCAAAACAUCAAAGGAGGAUUAAAAAUGAGUGGUCAAGAGCAUUUCUACAUGGAGCCUCAUAGUUCCUUAGCCAUUCCAAUUGGGGAAAAGGAUGAGCUAUUGGUGUAUAACAGCACCCAGGAGCCGGAUAAUACUGCAUCAAAAUUGAGCUUGGCAACUGGAAUUCCAUGUCAUAAGAUUGAGGUGAAGUGUAAACGUGCCGGCGGCGGUUUUGGAGGAAAAGAAAGAAUGCACACCGCCAUCAUUGCUGCCUUGGCAGCAGUCAAGUUUGGUUGCUCAAUCAGGCUCGUCUUUACUCGAAAAGUCGACAUGGAAGUAACCGGACAUCGUCACGAGCUCAAAGUGGAUUAUGAUAUGGAUGUUGAUGAGUCUGGAAAGAUCCAAAGAGUGAAGUUUGACAGCGCAAUUAACGGAGGAGCUACUUUGGACCUUAGUAGUGUGUGGGCUCAACUUCUUACUCUUAGGAUUGAUGGUGGAUACACACUCUUGGACUUUGAUAUGAAUUCGAUGAUUUGCAAGACGAACACUUCAUCGAAUACGGCUUACCGUGGAUUUGGAGGACCUGAGGGAACAUUGGCCAUAGAAAACGCCAUAGAAAAGAUUGCAUGGCAACUCAACUUGACUCCAGAAGAGGUCCGAUGGAAGAACUUGACAAGAGAUGGCGAUUUACUCCAUCAAAGUGAUGGUAAAAUCGAGGGAUGUACUUUGGAACAAUGUUGGAACGAAUGUAACAAUGUUUUCCAAUCGGAAAAAGCACUUGUGGAAGAGUUUAAUCGAAGAUCAAAAACUGUUAAACGAGGGAUUUCCAUGGUCCCCAUCAAGUUUGAUACUACCAUGGGAACAAAAACCGGUCAACAAGGCAUUGCUUAUAUUCGAAUUUUCAAGGACGGGUCCAUCCUGUUGUCCCAUGGAGGUGUGGAAAUGGGCCAAGGUCUUCACACCAAGAUGAUCCAAGUGGCGAGCAAAGCUUUAGAUGUACCAUUUGAGAAGAUUCAUAUUAAGGAGACGUCUAGUGAUGCAGCUCCUAACGCAAUUCCUACUGGGGGCUCAACAGGUGCUGAUUUGAACGGACCAGCGGUUAUCCAGGCCUGUGAAACCCUAAGAGAACGCCUCCGACCAUUCCAAGAAACUAAUCCUGAAGGUUCUUGGGAGGAUCAUGUCAUGAAAGCAUUCACAGAAAAGGUUUGCUUGGCCGCAGUCGGAUAUUUUGAUCAAUCCAAGGUCAAUUUCGAUUUUGCCACGAACACGGGCUCCUUCUCAGACUACAAGGUUUAUGGUGUUGGUAUGGUGGUGAGCGAGGUGAACAUGCAAACAGGGAGGGUGAUUGUUUUAGCCACGAGCAUUUUCAUGGAUUGUGGGAAAUCUCUGAACCCUGCCAUUGACAUUGGGCAAAUUGAAGGAGGUUUUGUUCAAGGUUUGGGCUAUGUUACAACAGAGCAAUUGCUGAUGGAUCCAAAGAGCGGCCAACUGCUAACUACUGGUCCAGGAACCUAUAAGAUUCCAACCGUGGCAGACACUCCUCUACGGAUGGACGUCAAAUUGAUAACGAAUCGAACCGGUGGUCCAACCAGCUUUGUGUACUCUUCAAAAGGCGUUGGAGAACCUCCGCUUCUAUUGGGAUGUGCAGGCACCUAUUGCUCUAUCAGGGGUGCCAUUGCGUCUUACAGGAGGGACAAUGGAAAUAUGGAUUGGUUUGACCUACCAGUCCCGGUGACGCCCGACAGAGUAAGGAUGGCUUCAGAAGAUCCCAUUUUGAAGAAGAUUGUGUCUACCUUGCCACAGAUACCGGACGAAGAAAAAUAUGGUAUUGAAAUGUAAUAUCGUUUGAGGCCAAUGAUUUGCCAAUAUCGUGGGACGAUCAAUGAAGUUAUGUGCAUGUUAUACAGUACAUCAAAUAUAUUUCAACAAUUAAUGAUUAA